AUGGUCCAUACUAAGCAACAUAGCACAGAUAAAUAUGAAAAAAAUUUUCUUGGUUUUACAAAACAAUGCAUAUUGAGCAAUACAGAAAUUAAAAAAAUAAAAGAGCAUUAUGUAACAAAUUAUUAA